AUGCCACCCUUUGUAUUUGAUGCACCCCAGCCAAAACCGCUGAAAAAUCAAGUGCAUCCAGAUUACAGACAUCCGCUGUAUAUAGGCAGUUGGAAGAGAUCAAUACCAGGCCAAGACAAGGAUUUUGCUCGCGAUGACAUGGACGAACCUCACCUCAAGAGAAAACAUGCUCUUUUACUGAAAUACGCGGAUCAGAUCAAGGGCUUGUACGGCACAGAUUUCAAUACAUUUCAUAUGGCUACACUGAUCAACGUGGUUCAGCUGGGUUUGGCCUAUUACUUUGGUCAGCACCAAGUGCACUGGAUCUACUUUUCUCUGGUUGCUUAUAUCAUCGGAGGUACUGCUACAGGCAUGGUGGGUGUUGUCAUCCAUGAAGCCUGUCAUAAUCUGGUAACUGGGUCAUCGACUUUGGAUCGCAUGAUUGGACUCUACACCAACAUUGCGCUUCCAGUUCCGAUCUCGCAAUCGUUCCGAAGGUACCAUAUUGAGCAUCAUACUUGGCAAGGUGUGGAGGGAAGGGAUCCUGAUUUACCGUUGGCGUGGGAGAAGAAUUUGAUCAGAGGAAACAGUUUUAAAAAGAUACUGUGGAUACUGAUCUACCCUGUCAUGUAUGUUGUGCGGGGCCUGGUCAUGCAGCAAGAAAGAGGCCAUACACCAGGAAAGUGGGAGCUCAUCAAUGUUGCAUUUUCUAUCGUUACGGAUGCAUUAGUAGUAAGAUGCUGUGGAUGGAAAGGCUUGGGUUAUCUCUUUUUAUCACUGUGGUUUGGCUAUUCAUUGCACCCUGGGGCAGCACACUUUAUCCAAGAACAUUAUACAUUCGAUGAUGGGCAAGAAACAUAUUCAUACUAUGGCAUUCUGAACGUCCCCUUUAUGAACAUUGGCUACCACAAUGAACACCAUGAUUUCCAAAAGAUCCCUUGGUCCAAUCUACCUCUGCUGCGUCAAUUAGCCGCUGAAUCGUAUGAUACACUGGCCUAUCAUACGUCCUGGCUUAAAGUGCAUUGGAGAUUCAUCACACAGCCAUGCAUGGGGCCACAAUCGAGAGUAGUAAGAGAUUACAACACCUUUAAACAAGGCCGAUCUUUAAUUAGAAGAAUACGUGCUUACAAUGAAACUGAAGAGAAAUAA